AUGAGCGAGAACCCCGCCGAGGCCCCCAAGAAUGAGGGAAAUAAUGCCGAGACCGCGGAGGUGAAGAAGGAACAUAAUGAAGCGAUUGAAUACGAUGAUUUUGGCUUGCCCAUCAGGAAGCGGAGGCCGCGUACGCCCGUCCAAGACAGUUCGGAUUCCGAGGGGGAGCAGUUUGAGGAUGCCGUAGCUUCCACGCCCCCGAGCCCGGACAAGGUCGCGAUUGCGGACCAGGAAAAGGAACAGGUCAAGGCGGACGAUACACAAACAAAGCUUCCAGAGACCGUUCCUGAGGGCGCUGAAACGGAAAGCGAUGCGCUGCCACAUGUCAAUGGGCAGGUAAAGGAGCCCGUGGAGAAAGCCGACCCAAACCUACCCGAGGACAAGCCAGUAGAGACGAAGCAAGAUACACCAGAGACUACAAAGCCUUCCGAAGCCACCGAAACACCCACAAGCACGAAUACAGCACCUUCACACCGCCUCCAAACAAGCGUCGCGAGCGUCCCGACUAUAUCCGAGUAUUCACAUCAGCAUGCAGUCAUACAAUCGCAGAGGGAAGUCAAGGACGAGAAGGAAGAAGAGGACGACGGUGAAUGGCAGACGAUGCCGGCAUACGCGCGAUACGACAUGUACGACGACGACAACAGGCUCAUUGCGAGGGAAAACACGGAAGAACUGGAAGACAUGCACGGCUAUGGCAACGUCGGAGGUGCUGCCAAAGGAUACACCAGAGUAAUCAUGGACGACGAUGCCGACUCGCAGACGAGCAUGGACGACAACACCGCCUAUCUGUUCAAGGAGAGAAGUACCGCACUAGCUGAUGAGGAUGAGGAGGGUCGGGAUCCGCUCUCGCAAAUGCAGGCGACAAAGAACCUCCUUACUGAAGGACAGCGUGUCGCAUAUGUUGGACUGGUACGCUUGGCCAUGGUGGAAAUGGAACGCAAGUUUUCAAAUUUCCAGACAAAUAACAAGAAAAUGAAAAAGCUGCUUGAGCUACAGUCAGGCACAACAAAAAUGUGGGCACAGAAGAUCAUGGUCAAAAUCUAUGGCCACAUGGAUAUCAAUGCUUCUGAGCAAAUCAUGAUCGAGCAGUUGUCUGAACAUGGCGUUGUUCCAGCAGAUCUUACGCCAGCAUUGAUGCAGAAUGCUCGAGUGAAGAACCCGGCAGCGGAGGACGCAGAGACGGUAAAUGAAUCUGACUCUGCCAGACCGUCUGUAUCAUCGCCGCGCCCUGAAUCGCCCGUAAAGGAGCUACAAUCGAAGAGAGCAUCGGCAACGGAUUCGCAAGACGACCUACAAACACCACCCCCGCCGCCAUAUCAAGAACAUCAAGAUGACGAUUUUGAUUAUCCAGAAGUUAGAUCACCAUCCCAACUCCCGACCAGCAAAAAUCUAGACAUUGAUCUGCGAUGGACCGUCUUGUGCGACCUGUUUUUGGUGCUCAUCGCUGACUCUGUUUACGACUCACGUUCAAGAGAGUUGUUUGAGCAGGUCGGAAAGUAUCUCAGUGUAGACUGGCUGGAAAGCUGCCGCUUCGAGAAGCGUGUUACAGAUGCUUUGGAGAUGCAAGAACAAGCAGAUAAGGAGAACUGGAAUGAAGAUGAGCACAUGGUCAACCGAGCUAAGCGGGCGCGCAAUAAGCGAUUGGCAUUCAUGGGUCUUGCGACUGUUGGUGGUGGGCUCGUCAUCGGUUUAUCCGCCGGCCUGUUGGCUCCGGUCAUUGGUGCUGGUCUCGCUGCGGGUUUCACGACUAUCGGAGUAGCAGGCACGAGUAGUUUUCUGGCAGGUGCCGGAGGUGCCGCUAUCAUUACAUCUACUGGUGUAGUUACAGGCAGUACUGUUGGUGUGCGCGCCAUGAACAGACGAACAGGUGCUGUCAAGACAUUCGAGUAUCGACCGCUUCACAACAACAAGAGGACUCAUCUCAUCAUUACGUUGGCGGGCUGGAUGAACGGCAAGGUGGAUGACGUCCGCUUACCGUACAGUACUGUGGACCCCAUCAUGGGAGACAUAUAUUCCGUGCUGUGGGAGCCAGAGAUGCUCAGGAGCAUGGGUGACACAAUCAACAUUCUUGCCACCGAAGCUCUCACACAAGGUCUCCAACAAGUGCUAGGAAGUACCAUCCUCACUGCCCUCAUGGCCGCCAUGACACUCCCCCUGGCUUUGACUAAACUCUCUUAUCUGAUCGAUAAUCCGUGGAUCGUUUCGCAGGCCAGAGCAGAUAUGGCUGGAUUGAUUCUUGCAGAUUCCCUCAUCGAUCGCAAUCUAGGCACAAGACCUGUCACUCUCGUCGGUUUCUCGCUGGGAUCGAGAGUCAUUUUCUCAUGUCUAAAGGAACUCGCGAACCGAGGAGCAUUCGGAAUUGUACAGAACGUCUACAUGUUUGGUACACCAGCCGUAGCCAAGCAUGAUGAGUACGUUAGGGCAAGAUCUGUUGUACCUGGAAGGUUUGUCAAUGGGUAUGCCACCAACGACUGGAUCUUGGGCUACCUUUUCCGCGCAACCAGUGGCGGAGUAAUGCGCGUAGCUGGUCUUGCGCCCGUUCAGAUACCAACCAUUGAAAACGUCAACGUUACCGAAUUGGUCCCUGGCCACAUGGCCUACCGUGCUGCCAUGCCCAAGUUACUCCGCGAAGUCGGGUGGCUAGUUGAGUCCGAUGAGUUCGCCGAAAUCGAAGACCCAGAUCCUGAGAAUCACGAAGUGCGGCAGCGCGAACUUAUCAACGAAAUCGAAGAAGCGCGAAGAGAACUGGAAAAGAAGGCGCAAGAGAAGGAGAAGAGAGGUAGUAAACUGAGCUGGUGGUCGAAGAAGAAGAAGGACAAGAAGGACUGGGAAGUCUAUGAUGAAAAUUCAAAUGCCGUUCCACCAGGCCAUCGGAAACUAGACCAAGAUCAAGACCCGGCGAAACUUGCAGAAAAUCAGGUCAUGUUCGACAUCGAUGCCAUAAGAAAGGAGGUAGCAACUCUGGCCGCAGAAAGUAAAGAAUAUAACGCCGAAGCCGAGUUUGAGAUCAAGGAAAUCAAGAGUACACUCCCGCCCAUGAAGAUCGACAUCGCAACCGUUUCGCCAUCGCAGACAACAAGUCCAUACUCUACGCUUAGGGAAACGAAGAGUUACAACGACAGUCUAGGCGUUUCAGCCACAGAUCCCAAAAAGACGACAUCUUCUUCAAACGGCCGAUACGAAGAAUACGACGAGUUCGACGAUCCCGGCGCGGGUCAGAUGGAAAUGACAUUCGACACUUCUUUCCGCGAUCCACCAGCGUCCGCCUCGACCCCCAAUAAUAAAUCCCCGUUACCCCUAUCACCUCUACCUGCUCAUCCGAGUCGCUCCGGUACCUCUUCGCCUUGGGACUCCGCAACGCCCAGUAAAAACGGGUCGUCUGGCGCUCCUUGGAACCCAGAUGCUCAGCCUUCUUGGGAUGAUCCUACGCCUGCUGAACGCCCGCCUUUGCGCUCUGCUAAAACUGAAUCUUACGCGGGUAACGCGGGUGGUGCGUCAGGAGAUCUAGGUCAUAAUGCUUGGGCUGAUGAGUUUGACGAUGAUUUUGGGCAAGAGAAGGAAGUCAAGAUGAGUUUUAUGUGA